AUGGUGCACACCACUAUGUCAGCUCUCAGUAUGGGAUGCUGGUGCAGAUGCUGUGGUGAGAGAGGUGAGGGACAUGGCAACCUGAGGGGAUUCCAAGGGAAGACACAUUUAUACUAUGACCAUCACCCUAGACCCUGGGCACAUACAGAAAGUCAGGAGAACGUAUGGUACAUGCAGGAGACACCGUUCUGCCUCAGAGUUCGACACCUUCUUCCCUACUCCAUGUCAGAUUCCAACACAACGGACUUCACCAACCCCUCCACCUUCAUCCUGAUGGACAUUCCUGGCCUGGAGACGGCCCACGUCUGGAUCUCCAUUGCCUUCUCCGCCAUGUAUGCCGUAGCUGUUUUGGGGAACUUCACCAUCCUUUUCAUUGUGAAAAGGGAACCGAGUCUCCAUGGGCCCAUGCACUAUUUCCUCUGUAGGCUGGCCGUCACUGACCUGGUCCUGUCUACAUCCAUCUUGCCCAAAAUGCUGAGCAUCUUCUGGUUCAAUUCCAGGGAGAUCAGUUUUAAUGCCUGCCUCACCCAGAUGUACUUCAUUCACUGCUUCUCAGUGAUGGAGUCUGGGAUCUUCCUGGCCAUGGCUUUUGAUCGCUACGUGGCCAUCUGCCAUCCCCUGAGACAUUCCACCAUCCUGACAAACUCCCUGGUGGCCAAGAUUGGCCUGGCCGUGGUGGUGCGUGGUGGCAUGCUCAUACUGCCCACUCCCUUACUGGGGAGGCGGUGGCCAUAUUGCAGAACCAACAUUAUUCUCCACACGCACUGUGAGCACAUGGCUGUGGUGAAGCUGGCCUGCGCCGACACCCGCAUCAGUAGUUACUACAGCUUCUUUGUGGCAUUCUUGGUGACUGGUCUGGAUGUAUUUUUUAUUGCCAUGUCCUAUAUUCAGAUCCUCAGGGCCAUCAUCAGCCUUCCCACAAAGGACGCCCGGCUCAAAACUUUUGGGACCUGUGGCUCCCACCUCUGUGUCAUCUUAGCCUUUUACAUCCUAGCUCUCUUCUCCUCUCUCAUGCACCGGUUUGGCAACAAUGUGGCCCUGCAUUUCCAUGUUCUCAUUGCCAAUGUGUACCUCCUGGUGCCCCCCAUGCUAAACCCCAUCAUCUAUGGUAUGAGGACCAAACAGAUCCGGGACAGGCUGCUCUGGCUCUUUCCUCAUAAAGGGACUUAA